AUGAACUCCUCGGCGACCAGACUGACACUCUUCACCACCUUGUUCUUGCUCGUCUGUUACUUUCCCACUGCGCCGCAUGGAAGCGGCGUGGAAGCUUCGGAGUAUCGCAGCUUCCCAGUCGCUCCCCACACCCUACCGAUGAAGACUGUCCAACGAGGCUCUCCUAGAUCAAAGCAUCGGCGCCAGUCGGAAGUCCUCUUCGACCCAGGAUACGAGAGUCACUUCUUGAUUGAAGUUUCUCUGGGCAGUCAGUCCGUCGGCCUGCUGGUUGAUACGGGCAGCUCCGACACCUGGGCCGUCAAGGCCGGGUUUGACUGCGACCCGGGCUUUCGCUGUGACUUUGGGGACGCCAUCACGGUCGACAAGGCCUUUGAACUCCUUCCCGAUGCCGAAUUCGUCAUCAACUACCUCGACACGUCCUACGCGAGUGGCCCCCUGGCCAAUACCAGCGUGGAGAUUGCUGGUCUCACCGUGCCAGAGCAGACCAUCGGUCUCGCAGACGAGCUUGGUUUCGUCGGGGACGGCGUGAUGACUGGCCUCAUCGGCCUGGCCUACCCGUGCCUGACUUCCGCACUCAAGAGCGGACAACGCGCGAUCUACUCGUCGAUCAUCAACACCAUCUUCUACGAAGGUCUGACCGAGCCACUGUUCUCCAUGGCCAUCUCCCGCGACGCGUCCGAGACCGGCUUUGGCGGCUACCUGACCAUCGGCGGCGUGCCCGUCCGGUCAGAUCCCAGAAUCAACGCGUUGGGAGAGUACGGUUCCGCCCCGCUCAAGCUCAACCCUGAAGUCCUCGGAUGUGGCAAUUAUCUCACCCACUACACCAUCAUUCCCGACGGGUUCGCCUGGUCCGACACCUCGGGCGACUCGGGGGGCCGGAAUGUUACGCCGGCGCUGUACAUUGUCGACUCUGGGUCCACGCUGUCACGGUUCCCGCCCGCGAUCGCGAAGGCCGUCAACGCCCUCUUCGACCCGCCGGCCCAGCUCAACGCGCAGGGCUUGUACGUGGUGCCCUGUGACGCGACCCUGCCGCGACUGUCGCUCUUCGUCGACGGCGUCGAGCUGCCCAUCAACCCGAUCGACUUGAUCUGGUUCUCAGGCUCCAAAUGUCUCUCGGGCGUCCAGAGCAUACAGGGAACCAGCCGCGUCGGCAUUAUUGGCGACAGCCUCAUGCGCAGCCUGUUGGUCGUCUUUGACUGGGGUGAGAAGAUGGUCCAUUUUGCCAGUCGGCCAAAGACAUGA